CAGGGAAAGGACAGAAACAGAAGAUAUCUUUGUGUGGUUUCAUUCUUUACAAAUUGAAAUAAACAUGAGCACAGGUAUGGACCAACCAUUAUCCAGUUAAAGUCUCACAGGUCUUUAGUCCAUGUCACUUUUGUGUAUAUUUACAGUGUGUAAAUGUGUAUACUUCAUGUGUAUUAUGCCCUUUAAACUUUAAAUUGAUUUUUUUUUUAUCACACAUGCUCAUAAAGAUGUAAAGUCACUGCCUUCUUAAAUGUGUGUUGGUGUGUGCCUGCAUGUGUGCAAAUUAACAUGAGCUCUGCUAAAGUCAUCAUCCUGUUCGCUAGCUUUCUCUCCCUGUUGGCAACAGCAGAGCCUUAAGCGCAGAGGAGUUUGGUUUGGAAACUAUGACAGAGGGAGGGCCAUCGCUCCUGUGUCUAAAAAAAAAAAAAAAAAACAUCACACUAAACCAAGUCCUCAGAUGUCUAAAAGCCCCUUCCACAACAGACUCUACCAGAGUCGUCUCCGACAUGGACUGCAGAAAGGCUAAACCAGGCCUGAUCCUCGUCAUUAUCUUCCUCUUGAUUAGUCUUACCUGGGAACAAGGCACGAGGCAAUCCGACAAGCUUUUGUCACAGAGGCUGCGACAGCUGGAUGCGCAGUUCAGAAAGUUCCAGGAGAGGACAUUAAACCACCUUCGAAGCAUUGCGGAUAAUUUUAACGUUUCCCAAAGCAUAGACACACGCUUCCAGAUACUGACCAGGCAAUAUGAGGGCCUGUCCAUAGAUCUGAAGGCCUUCAAAGCAGCCACAAAUGCAGACCUGAACUCGCUGAAGGCCUGGACCAAGAAGCUGCAGAAGAAGACAAAGAGGCUGGACCUGAGGAUGACCAGUCUGGAGAGAUCCCUGCGGGACAACAGCAGGGCCUCUCAGAAGCAGGUGCAGCAGCAGCGGGAGGCUCUGUCCAAACUCACAGACGACCUCCAGGAGCACAUGAGCCACAUUGACUCCGUCAAGGCCCACCAGGAGGAGGUCCGAGACGGGGUUAGGAGCCUGCAGGGCCUGCUUAGGGAGCAGCAGACUCAUAUGACGAGACUGGAGGAGCGCAUGAAGGAAAGCGUAGUGCAGCCAGGCUCCCUCUCCACGAGGGGGUUAUCCUUCCCUGGAGAACCACUCAACUCCAAUCAGACGCCUCAGGGUUCCACACAGCCUGUUGAGCGGAACGUGAAACCCCAACCAAAACCCCCUAAACAGGGGAAGAUGAGGAACAGCCCCCCGUCUCCCAGGCCCACUCAGAGGAGCAGGAAGGCUGGCGACAGGAGGAGGCUGAGGGACAGGGUGCAGGGGGCCAGGCAUACUGACUUCCAGGAGGAAUCUCAAGUGCCUCCAAAAGAGGUGGAGGAGAAGGAGGAUACAGAGGGAGAAGAGCUGCUGGUUCAGAAUGCAGCUCUACAACUGCCACUGAGACACAAGAUUCCGCACCAUCACAUUCCCAGGGCGCAAGCCACAAUAUGCAAUGUGAAUUCUAUGCUAGUGUUUCCCUCUGCGUCCCCUGAGAACUAUGUCACAUUCACCAAGGGCUUCACCACCAGUGUGUAUGAGCUGACAAUCUGCACCUGGGUGAGAGUUGAGACCAGGUACAUGGGCACACUCUUCUCUUACGCCACCGAGGACAAUGACAACAAGCUGGUUCUCUACGGCCGCAACACAAGCUCAGCGGGCAGUGUGGACUUCGUGAUCGGGGACCCGGCAUUCCGGGAGUUACCUGUGGAGACCAUCCUGGACAACCGGUGGCAUCACAUGUGUGUCAUAUGGUCCUCCAUCGAGGGCCGUUUUUGGCAUUACAUUGACCGACGCCUGAUCUCUACGGGCUCCAGGUUCCAAAAUGGCUACGAGAUUCCACCGGGAGGCACUCUGAUUUUGGGUCAAGAGCAGGACUCCAUGGGUGGAGACUUUGACCAGGCCGAGGCGUUUGUGGGCCGGCUAGCUGGCUUUACCAUGUGGCCACGGGUCCUGAGCCCAGGCGAGAUCUCCUGGAUCGCUACAGGGAAAGGGACUCCCAGAGGUGCUGUUCUCAGCCUCGAUGAUGUGGGCAAACUGAGAGGAUCCGUACAGCGAGUCAUGUGUGAAUGUCUUGAGCACUGCCCCUGA